GCCAUCAUCAAAUGGACUCAAACUAGCCACAAAUUCUGACGAACUCAAUCGUCAUGAAACGAAAAUACAGCGAUGCGUUUCUCUUGGUUUAAUACAAACUUUGAUAAAUAACGAGGAGCGCCCAAAAUGUGUUUUGUGCAGGGAAGUGCUUAGUAAUGUUCAAAACGAAACGUCAGGUCUUGACCAAACACCCACAGCAUGACGGUAAACCCAGAACAGGGCAGAAUGCGUCAGGAAACAGUGCUUCGACAGUGGAAAAAAGUGAUAGACGCCGCAGAAGUUUCUCCACUGAAGAGGACAAAGCCACAUGCAGUGGCAGAGAAUGUGAUAUCGGUGCUGAAGUUCUCCAAGUUGUCUGAACAUGCCACUGCUCCUACCCGGGGCUCUGCUAAAGCUGCAGGCUACGACCUGUUCAGUGCCUAUGACUACAGUAUUGGUCCUAUGGACAAGGCUAUCGUGAAGACUGACAUCCAGAUAGCAGUUCCUUCAGGCUGCUAUGGCAGAGUGGCACCACGGUCUGGCCUGGCUGCAAAACACUUCAUCGAUGUUGGGGCUGGAGUAGUGGAUGAGGACUAUAGAGGUAAUGUGGGGGUGGUACUGUUCAACUUCAGCAAGGAAACCUUUGAAGUGAAAAAAGGGGACCGUGUGGCUCAGCUGGUGUGCGAGAGGAUCUGCUACCCAGACCUACAGGAGCUAAAGAGUCUGGAUGAGACCGAGCGUGGGGCUGGAGGAUUUGGCUCCACAGGCAGCAACUGAUACAUCAACGUUGUAUAUAAACCAGCUUAUUAGUUUUGUUCUGUUACAUGUUAUGUCGUUGUACAAUAAUUACAUUGUUUAAUAAAGAUUGUUAUUAUCCCUUUG